AUGCCUACGGUACCGGAGACCACCUCCGCCUUGCAGCCAUACGUUUUGCAAGCGCAGUCCGCUGGCAAGAAGUUGAUUGUGGAAGAAUGGGGUGCAUGUUACUUCAACAUCUCUAAAAACAAUUGUCCUACGGGAGAUGCUUUGUCUACGGACACGCGCAACGCCAACAUCCUCAAUUGGGCCGAGCAAAUCGACGGUGCGGGGCUUGCAUGGCUGUACUGGGAAGUUCUCCCCAACGCUGACUAA